GGGGCGGGGCGGGGCUGUGGGGAGGAGGCAGGCUUGCUGCGCCAAGGGCCAGUUGCGCGGAGAGCGCGGGGUUGGAGAGCCGCGCGUGCGGAGGGCCUCGGGCGGGCGCCGAGGGACCUCUCCGGGCCAUGGCACCUCCUGUCAAAGGGAAAAGGAAACAGUCAGAGGAGGGUGAUCCCCUAGACCCAUCUGUGUCCCCUCAACGCGAUGGUGAACAGAGCAGGAGCCAGAGCCCCAUCCAUCUGGAGGACUCCCCCGAGGCAGGCGGGGAGCGGGAGGAGGACCAGGAGCGGGAGGAGGAGCAGGCCUUCCUGGUCAGCCUCUACAAGUUCAUGAAGGAGCGACACACGCCCAUCGAGAGGGUGCCCCAUCUCGGCUUCAAGCAGAUUAACCUGUGGAAGAUCUACAAAGCAGUGGAGAAGCUGGGGGCCUAUGAGAUGGUGACCGGCCGCCGCCUCUGGAAGAACGUGUACGACGAGCUGGGGGGCAGCCCGGGCAGCACCAGCGCGGCCACGUGCACACGCCGCCACUACGAGAGGCUGGUGCUCCCAUACGUGCGGCACCUGAAGGGGGAGGACGACAAGCCGCUGCCCCCUUCCAAGCCCAGGAAGCAAUACAAGAUGGCCAAGGAGCCCCGCGGGGAUGACGGGGCCCCUGAGAAGCCGAAGAAGGCCAAGGAGGAGAAGCGGUUAGACCAAAUGAUGCCAGGAAAGACCAAGACAGAUGCUGCCACGGACCUGGCACAGCUUCCUAGCCAGGAGCCCCCCAGGGAUGGCACAGAACAGCCAGGCCCAGCCCUGGGCACCUCUCUGCCCUUCGUGGGUGCCAGCAGCUGCCCUGAGGCCUACAAGCGGCUCCUGUCCAGCUUCUACUGCAAAGGAACGCAUGGCAUCAUGUCACCGUUGGCCAAAAAGAAGCUCCUGGCCCAGGUGAGCAAGGCGGAGGCCUUGCAGUGCCAGGGGGAGGGCUGUCGCCACGGGGCCAGCAGCCCUAAUGGGGACCCCCAGGCAUCCCCAGCUGUUCACCUCUCCGAAAGUCCUCAGAGCCCAGGAAAGCCAGCUGAGAACUCCAGGCACCGGCUGACCCCUCAGGAGGGAUUACAGGCACCUGGUGGCAGCCUCAGGGAGGAGGCUCUGGCCGGUCCUCGCCUGCCAGCCCCCAUCUUCACUGGCUGUUUCCAUGCGUACCCCACCGAGGUGCUGAAGCCCGUCAGCCAGCACCCCCGGGACUUCUUCCCCAGCCUUAAAGAUGGGGCGCUAUUAGGGCCCCCUGGCAAAGAGGAGGGCCUGCUGGUCAAAGAGCCCCAGUUGGUGUGGGGCGGGGAUGCCAACCGCCCGUCUGCAUUCCAUAAAGGCAGCUCGAGAAAGGGCAGCCCCUACCCCAAGCCCAAAGCCUGCUGGGUGUCCCCCAUGGCCAAGGUCUCUGCUGAGAGCCCUGCACCCCCACCUACCUUCCCUAGCAUCCCAGGCCUGAGCAACAAGCGCAGCCUGGAAGAAGAGGGCUUUGCCCAUGGUGGCAAAAAACUGCGGGCAGUGUCUCCCUUUCUUAAGGAGGUGGACGCCAAGGAGUGCGGGGCCAAAUCCGUGGGGUCCGGCUUGGCCGUGUCCUGCCUGCUGGGCCCAGCGCUGGGGCCCACCCUCCCCGAGGCCUACAGGGGCACCAUGCUGCGUUGCCCGCUGAACUUUGCCGGCACCCCGGACCACUUAAAGGGCCAAGCCACACUCCCCUUCAGCCCCCUGGUCAUCCCUACCUUCCCAGCCCACUUCCUAGCCACUACAGCGCCCUCCCCCAUGGCCACCGGUCUGAUGCACUUCCCCCCGGCAUCCUUCGACAGUGCCCUUCGCCACAGACUUUGCCCAGCCUCGUCUGCAUGGCACAUGCCACCUGCCACAACCUAUGCAGCACCCCACUUCUUCCACCUCAACACCAAGCUUUAGGUCUGAGCCCACGGGGCUGUGCCGUGCUGUGCAGGGUCUGAAGUGGCCUGAGACGGGGAGGCACUGCCGGGGGUCUGGGCUGGAGCCUCUUCCCCAGGAGAGCUUGGCUGUGCCCAAUGCAGGAACGUGCCCCCUGUCUGGGCAGCCUGGCACAGAGAGGGAGGCAGCGGGAAAACUGGGUUUGUCUCGAGGAAGCAGCCCAAGCCUGCGGGGCCGUGGGAGAAGACGGUGCUGGGCUGGCAGCUCCCAGCUAGGUCCCCAGAGCAGAAGCCAGGAACAUGGUGAAGGGCCAAGGAGCUGGGUAGCAGUUUGAGGUAUGCAGGCUGCCCAUGGAAAAUCCAAUAAAAGACCAAUGCGGAUCCA